AUUGGGUUUAUACGCAGAACAUUGAACGCAGCAUCAGUUCCUGGUCAAAGGAUAUACCGUCAGUGAGAUCCAGAUGCUUUUAAAUCUGAAUUCCUGAGUGGGAAUGCGCUCAGCCAUUUGCUAGGACCCUGUUUCCCGACCCACGGUGCUGUAAGAGCUCCCCAGAGAUGACAGAGGAACACCUGGACGCGGCUCGACGACUCAGAAAUUCAGCGGGCUCUUCGAGCGAGUAAGCGACAUGGACAACUCUGUCACCCUGUGGCAGUUCCUACUCCAGCUCCUGUUGGACUCCAGCAACGAGCAGCUCAUCUGCUGGACCAAUGAGGAAGGAGAGUUCAAGCUGCUGCAGGCCGAGGAGGUGGCCCGGCUUUGGGGAGCCCGCAAGAACAAGCCCAACAUGAACUACGACAAGCUCAGCAGGGCGCUGAGGUACUACUAUGACAAGAACAUCAUAAAGAAGGUGAACGGCCAGAAGUUCGUCUACCGCUUUGUGUCCUACCCCGACAUCCUGAAGGGAGACGCCGCUGCCCGGAUGGAUGGGGGGGACGAUGGAGCAGGCGGAGUCCUCCCUGCUGUUGCUAAGAGGUUGGACGGUGCUAUGCUGGAGGCGGAGUCUGACGACCGCUCCAAGGCGGGGUCGGGUCUGGCCGCUCUGGGCUCCAGCACCAAGCAGUCCAACAGAAACGACUACAUCCACUCCGGCCUCUACACUUCGUUUCAUCUCAACUCCCUGCACAACGGCCGGCAGCUCUUCAAGUCCAUCAAGGUGGAGAACCCUGCAGAGAAGCUGGCUGAGCGGAGGGCCGCCUCCCAACAGAGCCAGGAGACCCCCCCUCUGCUGCAGGCGCCUCCAGCAGCCGCUCCGCCAUCGGUCAUCAAGUUCGGAAACAGCCCGCCAAAGCUGCUCGCCAUGCCGCCUCCUCCAGUCGCCAUAGAGACCACCUUGAGCGGCUUGGACUCCCUGCAGGCUCCACCUCACAGGGCCGGACUCGUCAGCACACACUCCUCGCUGCAUCCCCAGUCCGUCUACUCGCUGGAGCACAGCCGGCAGUCAGAACCUGGCCUGGGCCUACCGGACCUGGACGCGGCACGGGAGGCCGCUCAGGAGGGAAACAUGACCAACAGUGACGGCGAGUCAGGGGGCUCUGGGUCCACAGAACCGGCUGCUCUGGAGACACCAGAGACCCAGCCACACGACAAGCAGGUGGAUGGCGGCAUCAGCGUGUUUAUAGACGAGCCCGGCCUGGUGGACACUGAGACCAGUUCGUCCUCGGUGAACAGCAACACCGCGGGAAGCGCUCAGGCUCUGGGAAAAACUCGUAAACCGCCAAAGGUCCUGCAGCUCAGUCCGCCCGCUCUGCUCGUCACCACGUCCGAGUUCUCCCCCAUGAACCUGUGCAGCCCCUCGCUGCCCACUGCCUCACUCACACCAGCAAUGCUCCAGACUCCAACCCUCCUGCUGACUCCCAGUCCUCUGCUGUCCAACAUCCACUUCUGGAGUACGCUCAGUCCUGUCGCUCCCCUCAGCCCAGCCACCAGACGUCAGGGAGCCCACCUGUUCCAGUUCCCAUCGGUCCUGAACUCCCAGUUCCAGAUCCCAGUCCAGAGCCUGGAUGGGACCAACACACCCGGACCCAUUUCCCCAGACCCCCAGAAAACGUAGACGCAGCCCACGCCUGUGUGUGGCGGACGGAUGAGGCUGCAGCGUUCGCUUGGUCUUGUGGUAUUCACGCCCUCAGGACCUUUUUCUGUUCGCCAUCCUGAUGCAUUUUGUCUGGCUUAUUUUGGGAUCACAGCAGAUGAAAAGGAGAGAGGGAUUUCCAUGGUAACCAAACUGGACACAAUCUGCUUCACACCUAAUGGGAUUCCAGCUAUGGCUUUGCUGCCAGACUGGUUCUUCUGACCUGAGUAGACUCGGGUCGUUUGUUGCUCCAACCUGAUCAUACACCUGCCUCAGCUGCUCACUACCCGACCCACGCCACCUCCACCCUUCUGUCUUAUUCUGACUUGUGGCCAUAAUCCAAACUGGACCUUAAGUUAUGCUUUGCAGAUGUUUUAACACUCCUUUCACACUUUUUUCUAGGAUCGAAUCCCAACAUUCAGUGUGUUUUAUUUGGAUUGGAUCUCAGAGAGUGAAAGGAGUGUUUGUUUUAAUGAAACUUAUGUGGACACCCUGACAGUCAUGUUGACCUGUUUUGCCUUCUGUAGGGAAGAAAGAGAAGCCAUACAGCAUUUUUAGCCACAGGGGGCAACCAACCAGCAGUUGUUCUCUCUCUGUCAUGGAUCACUAGUGUCAUUGGCUUGUUGGGGAGGGAAACCAGAGAACGGAAACAGAGGGAAGCGGCUCGUUUGUUAGUGAGUGAGCUUUUCUUUUUAUCAUCACCAGCUGAUCUUUAAAACAUUGUUUAGAAAUGAGAAAGCAAGAAAAAAAAAGAUCCCUAUGAUUUUGUGAAAAAAUUAAUACCAUAAAAAACUCCUUUUGAUGCUCGCUAUUUGUGGAAAUCCUGAGCAGUUGUUUGUUGCAUCUUUAUAGAUCCAGUUAAGAACCUUAGAAGCAUUUUGUUUAAAUUCAAAUUAAAAACAUAUUUUGUUAAAUCUCCAGUAGCAGUCAGACUUGCAACAAAUCUAGAAAAUCCUCUGAAUAAAGACAGUUGUUGCAUGGCAUCUUAUGACUGUAAUGACAUGCUAGCAGCUAAAUAUCCAGGGACAAAGACAAUAUUCCACAGUAACAUGUCCUGGAUGACAUCAUCAGUAGUUACCAAACACUGCUAAUCCACCUCAUUUGCUUUGGCCACUCCCCUUUAACUCUCUGCCUGUCCGUAUGGUUACCAGGCUGAGCAGAGAGAUGUUGGAGGAUGGUUUGAACUUCCUGUUCCUCUCUCUGCCCUGCAUCAUGAAGCUUCCUCUUCAACGCCGCUUGGAAUUAUUGUAGCUUUUACGAUGCUAAUCAGUUGCUCCUAGUCGGGAAAAACAGUGCAUUGUUGCCACGGCUACGCAUCCUAGCUGUCCACAAGUAAAAAAAGCAAGAGUAAUUGAACAAUAAUGCAACACCUCAACCAAAAGGAUUAACAAAAGUGUAGAAGAAGAAAUGAGAGCUAGCGUAGCUCCUGCUGCCACCACCAGUGGCACUGAUCUAGAAUUAGUUUGAUUGCAGUUCAGCACUGGACAUCCCUGCAUACAUGUAGUAUUUAGUACUUGGUUAUUGCUUCAGUAUCUGUUUAGUGACAUGCAUAUUUGUACAACUCCACAUUCAUUCAAUCUGUCCUGUGAACGUCUACCUUCUUGUCAGCAGAUGCUGCCGUCUUCCCUCUGUUUCCACUUUAAAAAGCUCCAAACAAAACGGCUGGAAUUGAAGCCGAGACUGUUGAUGGCUUUUUUUAAUUGUUUUUUUUGUAUGUUAUCUUUUAACCACAAAUAGCAAUACCUUUGCUUGCCCAACAGUCAGCCAAAACAUUAUGACCUCUUUCUCCUGCUGAGCUGGAAAUGCACCGAGCAGUCAGCCGGAAUCAGGUCUGCUCAAGACACUAGAGGCAUUCUUCAGUGUGGAAGUUCUUACUGUGGGAAGCAAGAAAGCGUUAAAAGCGACUUAGAUGUAAAUGUAUCGUCGGCCGUUUAUUCAGGCUGAUAUUUUCAACAGAUGAUAGGAAAGCUAAACAUAUUACUGAAAAGUUGUUCUCUUAUAUUUUUUCCUAAGGUUUUAUUCUCCAAAUUUAAACAGCCACCACUCACAGAAAACAUUUUAUUUGCUGUUUCUCUUCUUUUUUUAAUCGGAAUUGACUAAAAUGACACAGAAAUGUCCAACAGCGGAGCAUCAUUUGUGUGGAGGCCAGUUUGUAGCUUAAAGUUGCUUCUCAACUUUAAUGCUUAAAAUCCAAGGUGUCAAACUCGAGGCUCGUGGGCCAAAUCUGGCCCACUCUAACUAUUUAUAUGGCCCCUCUUAUCUCAAGAUGGCCACAUAAAUCAGAUUAUUUUUUUAUCUACAUUGUCAAAUUACAUCAAAGAUUAAAAGUUGAUUUAAUUUUAAGAAGUAAAGCGAUAAUAUUCUAAUAGUUCCUUAAUAGGUAAUUUUAUCAAUAAAUUUAAUCAAAGAUGCAACUAUUAUUUGAGUUAUUGAUUAUUCUGACGGUUAAACUUUUAUACAAUAUUAGGAAUAUAUAUAUAAGGAGCUUAUAAGAGCAUUUCUUUAGAGAAUGCAGAUCAUUUGUAGCAAAAGAUGAAUCUGUAACUAAAAAUACUUUUAAUAUCAACAUGUAAAAAAACUCGGGCGAUUCUGCUUGACUUGACAACACACUGAAAAAGUGAAACAUUUGAUCAAAGUUAAAAAGAUGGACUUAAUCAAAUUAAGUUUAUCCAAUUACAUGCAUUAAGUUAAGUCAUGUUAUACACGCAUGAAUAAAUUAAGUUUGACAAACUUAAUUCGAUUUCAUGUAACAAUUCUCGUUUUUUCAGUGUAGUUAAUAAAUGGGUAGCAAGGGUGCUAUUUUUAACAGAGUCUGAACCAGGUGAAAUUAAAACUGCCACUUUAGGAUUUCUGGGUAAAACAUAAUUACUGUUUUUUUUUUUUAUCUUAAAUGCGAAUUGUAUAUAUUUUUUUGUACAGUUUUGGCUUAAUUGCUGCUCUGACUCCUUUUCUUGGGUCCGUAUACUGGAGCUAAUGAUUAAUCGAUCACUAAAUCAGCUUACAGUUAUUUCAAUAACCACUUCAUCCAAUUAAUCGCUAUUCAAGAUCUCGAUGCAACCAGAAAUGAAAGAGAGCGACAGCGCUGCAUCACUCUCUCCUUCUGAUUGGGUACUGAUGUUUCGGUUCUUUAACCCAGAUCGCUGCCUGAACAUUUCCCCGCUGCCUACCUAUCAGCCAUCUGAAGCCCACUCCACGCGUUUUACCCGACUUUAAAGCCAUAAGUCUGACACAGACUCCAGAGGUACGCCCCGCCUCUAACAUUGAAAGCGUGCGUGGCGCUUGUUUACACCGUGCUUGGAUUAAAAAAAAAACCCACAGAGGUGUGUUCUGUUUUUAACUAAAGUGUCCAACUCUAACCCAGGGACGGGUUAGAUGGGUUGGUGCAGGACACGCGCUCACUCAGAUGGAAACGGUGCCUUACCGCAGCCAAGCUCAAGGUCAGCCUCACUAAGCUCUCUCACACACAGAGCUCUUUUUAUUUUAUUUUAAAUUUCAGACGCCGUAUCUUAGAUGUCAACCAAACCAGAGAAUUGGAGGAAAACUCUGCAGCGGUGUAAUUCUGGAUGCAUUACUGUACAUACAGACAGCGACAUGAGCUGACGCGCUCUGCAUGUAAAAUACCAGCUUCACGUCGGCGGCCAUGUUCCUUCUUAACCUGCCUCUAAAUGUUUGCUCAGAAAGUGUAUAGAUAAAUAUAUAUAUAUAGGAGAAAAAACCCUGUCUUUAACUCAUUGUAACCUCCAUUUAUUUUCCUGUAAUGCAAUAGAAUUCUCAGAAUAAUUUCUAUUUUUGUAAAUCAGUGUCUGCUUUUUAAUAUUCCUCUUUGUGCAUGUUUUUUGUAUCCUUGUUUUAUUUUGUGUAAUUUGGGGGGAAUUAAUGUUGGGUUUUUUUUUCUUUCUAUUUUUAGGAAUCAAAGCCUUAUUGGGAUAAAAUCAAAGUCUGUUUUGUAUGUUGACUGUUUUUUGAUAUCGUGUUGAUAUUGUACAUGCAGAUGUUGUGAUCAGACGUUUGCACUUAAGAGUCGGGGGUUCCUGUCAUAUUGGAUUCUGUCACUUUUCUAGGAUUUCCUUUGAUGACUAAAGAAAUGUAUUUUUUCCCCGUAAAGGGAGGACUUCAUUAUGCACUUGUAUUUUCUAAGAACAAAAGGAGCUAAGUCUAAAGUUUUACAGUUUGUAUGGAAAAAAAAAAGACUAAUUUGUAAUUAGGCACUUGCACAAAUAUUUAUAAAAAUGUCUACAACCCAUAGAACAGAUAUAUAGAAUAAGCAUCUUUUGCUGUAAGUUUAAUAGUAAAAACUAUGAAAUAGCUAUAAAAUGAUCCCAAAGCUUAUUUUUUUCUCCUCCAGUCGUCUUGGAGUUUAGUUUUGUCUUCAUAUCUGCUCUCUUGAUUCUUUUCCUUGAAAUGUAAAAAGUUGUUUUUAAAGAAUGACUGUUUUUGCUUUGUUUUGUCCAGUUCGAUGCUUAUUCAAAAUGUUUACAAGCUGCUUGUCUUGAGUGGCAUAUUGAUGUGGGAGGAGCCUAGAGGAGUUCUGUACAACAGACCAAUAAUAAAACAAAUGUCUAACUGACACCAG